UUGUCUCCGAUAAUUGUCAAAUAGAUCGCAGAUUUGUUUGACUACUUUGCGAAAGGCGCUGUUUUUUUAUAGUUUUAUCUUUUGACAAUAGUAUCGAAUGGUUUAUUGAAAACAAAAACAAUUGUACCCUUAAAUUACAGCUUUAAAAAUAACCCCUUAUUGGUCUUAUUAAAAAACCAACAUGACCAAUCUUGAUGUGAGCAAUAGUAGUACUGAUAGCAGUUCUGGCUCAACAUCUGAUUCAAGCACUAGUGGCACUUCAUCUACCAGUUCAGGAUCUGGUUCCAGUAGUUCUGACUCAGAAUCUUCCACUUCUGACACUCCAGCAGUUGCAACUGCUGCUGCUCCACCUAAUUCCACUCCUGCCCCUGUUCCUGUUCCUGCCCCUGCUCCAGCUCCUAAAUCUCCAAAACCAGCACCAGUAGAAGAACCAAAAGUUGUUGAAGAACUGAAACCAAGACGCUCUUCUAAACCUAAAAUAUCCUCAUCAAGUGACGAUGAACCGCCCAAACCUGCUACACCCAAACCUGUUCCUCCAAGAAGACGAUCCACAAAACCAAAAAAUGCUGCUGUUGUUCUAGCAAAAGCGAAACAGAUGCAACCAAGAUUAGCUACUGGGGCUAAAUCUAAAGCAAUUUGUAAAACAAUACCUAAAACUCCUAAACCUGAUGCCAACACAUUAAAAAAGAAGAGUAUCUUCUCACCUGACAAUAGUUCUGAAUCAGAUUCAGAGAGCAAGGAAAGCAAAACAUUGAAGACCAGUCCCAAAGCUUCACCGCGUAAUAAGAAAACAUCUAGGAAGUCUAGUGAAGAGAAAGACGUACCAUCGUCACCUAUGACACCAGUCCAAAAUGAAGAUUCAAAUUCAAAUUCUAAAGAUAACACAAAACGAAGAGCUGGUAGGGCAAAUGGUCCACCACCAAAAAAAACAGUAGAGUUAAAGAGUGCAUCAUCAUGUUCUUCAAGUCAAUCUUCUGUAGAAUCUGUUUCAUCGGAAAGUGACAGUGAGUCAACUAAAAAAGAUAAUUUAAAAUCGGCUAAAGCAAAAUCACCUUCCAAUGCUAGUACUAAGCAAGAACCAAUGGGUAAAAGUGGAGAUUCUUGUGAUUCAAAUACAGGCGCAAUGCCGCGCAAACUAACGCGAUCGUUAUCCGCGCGUGUGUCGCGAAUGGCAAAUGCAUCCAAACCGGCGAACACUGAUACAGACUCAGAAGCAGAUGACAAAAGUAAUGAAAAAAGCAAGGACGACAUAAGAUUAGCCAAAGCGCGGGCGGCCAUCACGAGAUCGCCGGCCCUGCCGCCGAACCCCAUCACGCCUUCCGAACGAAGAUGUCCCGUACGCGACUGCGACUCCUCCGGACACCUCGGCGGCAAGGCGGCGCGGCACUUCACGUGGGACGCGUGCCCCGUGUACCACAACGUGACGGCGGCGUGGUGCGUGGCGGCGGCCGAGGAGCGCGCCGCCGCCGCCGCCACGCGCCGCCGCGCGCUGGCCGCGCUGCAGCAGCGCCCGCGCGCCAUGCCCACCAUCGAGCAGCGCGCCUACCAGCUCAAGGUCAAGGAUAUGCGUUCGAAAUGGAAAGGUAGUCAAGAGCUUCGAUCGAUGCCUACCAACGAAGACCUCGGAGAAGAGAGGGAGCCUGUGCUAGAAGGAUUCGCACCCGAUUACGAUCUACGGCUGUUCAGAGAUGCACAAGCACUCGCCGCCGUCAAGAUCGAAGAGGAACUAGGAGACAUAUCGACAGAUAAAGGGACAAGAUAUGUGGUGAUGGGGAAGUACAUGAUGGAGGUGUGGUACCAGUCGCCGUACCCGGGGGACGCGGCGCGCGUGCCGCGACUGUUCGUGUGCGAGUUCUGUCUGAACCACCACAAGUGCGCGGUCGGCGCCGCCAGGCAUCGCGCCAAGUGCGUGUGGAGACACCCGCCGGGGGACGAGGUGUACAGAAAGGACAACCUGAGCGUUUGGCAAGUGGACGGCCGCAAGCACAAACAGUACUGCCAACAGCUCUGCCUGCUCGCCAAGUUCUUCCUCGACCACAAGACCCUGUACUACGACGUGGAACCUUUCCUCUUCUACGUGAUGACGUGUGCUGAUGAAGAAGGAUGUCAUAUCGUUGGAUACUUCAGCAAGGAAAAGAACUCAUUCCUAAACUACAACGUAUCGUGUAUACUCACUCUUCCGCCGUAUCAGAGACAGGGAUACGGGCGACUGCUUAUCGACUUCAGUUAUCUCCUCACGAAAGUCGAGGGUAAGGUUGGGUCGCCAGAAACGCCAUUGUCGGAUUUGGGUCUCAUUUCGUACCGAUCGUAUUGGAAGGAGGCAUUGUUGAAGCGACUAUGUUCAGCGCCUGGUUCUACGCUGUGCAUACGAGAUCUGAGCAAGGAUUUGGCGAUCGCGUCAUCGGAUAUCGUCUCGACGUUACAAGAGAGAGGUCUGAUGAAAUAUUGGAAGGGAAAACAUAUUGUGUUGAAGAAACAGACAGGUCCCCGGUCGUCUGGUUGGCGUUCACUCAGACUGGCGACGUGUACUGGACCGACUAUUUCCGUACUUGAAAUGUUUUCGAUGGCAUUUGAAACAUUUCGCGCAGAUUGCAAAUAAGCCAAUGUUUGGAACAAGAGAAAAUCAAUAAAUGGUAUGUAAAUAAAGAACAGCGAAAUUGUUCGUCGUUGGUAGAAUAUUCUGCGCAAGUUGUUGAACCAUCGGAAGGUCUGGACGUGAUAAGUGAAUGUGUGGGUUAUAGCGGGGACUUUAGGGCGUCGGCAUAUCAAACUGUUUUACAGUCUUAGUGUAAUAGUAGAUGAUAAUUGGCCGCAAAUUAUACCAAUGUGACUUGGUAGUGGCGAAGUGUUUUUAAAGUUGGUUGGUUGGUUGGUUAUCAAAUCGUUUAGUUUAGUAUAGUAAAGUGUAUUAUAGGAUUGACAUUAAAUUAUAGAAGUUUUUCUAAUUAUAGUUCGAAUGUUUUUGUAAAUACAGAUUAUUAAAUUUAAUUAAUAAUAGGUUUUUGUUGAUUUAAGAAGUAAAAAGGAUAAUUGGCUUCGAAAAAUUAUAUCUAUUUUCACCAUCACUGAUGUCAGGGUUCGAUGACCCAAACAUCUGAAUCACAAGCUCAAAUACGGACAAGCACUGAGUUAUAGUGGUGCUUAAUUUGGUUUCCAAUUAAUUAUGUGCUUGGCGGUGAAAGAAAAUAUCUUGGGAUGUUCUUAUCAUUACUUAAAAAUUGACGAAUUAAAAAAUAUAUUAAAAAAACCUUCUCCUAAGAUGGGGCCUUUUCCCAGGAGUGGGACAUUAACAGGUUGAAAGAAAUCACUAAAAUGUAUUUAUAUCUUAUAGUUUUUAUUAUUACUUUAAUUGUUUUCAUUUGUCGUUUAUUAAUGAGACAGAUAAAGAAAAAAAAAAUGUUGCACAAGGUUUUUUUAUAUGAAGUAACGGAAUAUCUUAAAUAAUUCCUUAAUGUCGUAAUAAUUUAAAAUAAAUAUAAAGAAAUGAAAUCUUCGUAAUAUCGUAAGGACCGUGUCAAAAUAAGGUAUGUUGGAGAUGUUGUUUGUUAUAGUAAUUAAUCACGUUUUAUAUAAUGGUGUGUUGUGUUUCGAAAAUAUUGUCUUUCAAUAUUUCUGUUGGUAUGAAUUCAGCAGAUAAUACGACAGGAUUUGGUUAUAUAAGUAUUUAUCAGUGAUGUUACUCGAGUACGAUUUUAUAAAUAUUACGAGUGAAGAAUCGAUUUUACUCAGCAACACUCGACUCGAAUAUAUUCGUACUCGAGUUAAAAUUGUCUAAAUAAUACUUGCUGUAUUCGAUUUUGUUAAAGUCGCAUUCGAGUCACCCGAUUAAAUUUCGAGUUGUAUCAAUAGCUUAUAGAGGAAAAGUACUUAGUUGAUAGUCCAAAGUCGAAAAACUCUCUCUAAAAAUUAACUUAUAAAAUAGUUCUAAGAUAUGUAUGUAUGUAGUUAAAAUUUAUGAAAUUGUAUGAAUUAAUUUUAUAGUACUUUACGAGUUCUGAUAUUUGAACUUUAAUUUUUUAAACAAAACAACGGUAAGUAUUUUGUAAAUAAUGUCAUAUGCUAAAUAAUUUAUUGAAAAAUUGUACAUUAUUAUGUAUCAUUGGUGAUUAAUAUAUCUUAUAUUAAGUAUAUAAAAGGAUUUAAAUAGGGUCGUCAUUACCACUAUCGUAGCAUAAGAUGAAAAUUUCAAUGUCUAUUUUUAGUUUUGUUUCCCAAAAAAAAAACUUUUUCAAAAAAAAUUCCCCCGAAGAAAUUUUUACGAAACAUUUGUUUAAUGUAAUGAAGUAAGCGUAUAUAGUUUUCGGUAUUUGCGGUAUCAUAUAAGUAAAUAGUGUUAUAUAAUUAUAAUAAUAUAGAUAGAAAAUUAUUAUAGAAUACAAACUUUACAAAAUAAAUACGUACGUAACAGUACUGUUGAUAUGGCGCCAUUCUUGUAUUCAUUGGUAUUAUGACGUCAUUUAUUUGUAGUGUUGUGACGUCAUGUGUGGUGUCAUGGCGCCUGGCUGACCAUGGCAUUGAAAAUAUUUAAUAUUCCAAAUUGUAAAUAUUAACAUUUCAAAAUUAUUGUAUACUAUAAAUAAACGUGAAAUAAUUAAAUGAGUUUUGUCGAUGUAAAAAUAUGCGAGUAACUAAAAUUACAAUAUUAUUUGUCUUUAUCAGACAAAUUUUUAGAAACGUUCUACGUAAUAAAUUCUUUCUCAGAAAUCGACCAAAUGGGUAGAACGCGUUGAUCUUAAAAAUGGGAGUAAAAUUUUGUUUUUAUGCUAAUUUAGUAUUGAAAAUUUAUAUCGCGUUCAUUACAAAUCAUGAGGAUUAUUAAGUUCAAAUUAAAUCUAUAAUUUUUAUUAUAUGUAUGUAUAAAAAAGAUUUAAUUCCAAAACAAUGACGUCAAACCUACAUAAUUUCCUUAGUUACAGCAUAAUUAGUGAUAACUAAUUAUGCUAUGUAUAAUGAUAAUUAGUUAUCACUAAUUAUGCUGUAACUAAGGAACAUAUGUAGGUUUGUGAUCCGGAUAAAUAUAUUUACAAUGUCCAAUUCCAAUUAAAAUUACUAAUAGAAAAUCGAACAAGAAUAGUAAUUAUUUUAUUUUUUAUUCUCAGAUAGCAAAUGCAAUCACUUUUGCUAUAAAACAAUCGCAGGCGUUCACUUCGAGUGUCAACUGUCAAAAUUGUCAAAAUUUUCGAUUUAAUUUUUUCAAAUCGUAAACGAGAAUAGACCUGCCUAAAACCAUUAAUUGUGUGAUGUUCUAUUUUCAUAGAUUAAAUUAUCAUUUUAUUAUUAUUUAGACAAAUUCUUUUUUUAAACUUUUAAUUUGCUAAUUUCUCAAUCGCCAUUCUGUUUACGUGUAUUUUAACUGUUAUUUGUGGAAUAUUCUUCUUGCGUCAUUUUAUAUAAAAAAAUCACUUGAUCAUAGAUUAUUGUAUAAUAAGGUAUCAUAAUGAAAAUGUAUAUAAACUCAACAUAGAUAUAUAUUCUUCAUCCAUUUCAUAUUGAACUGGAUGGUGGUAGUUAUACGUUAUGGUGUGAUCACUCGGCUCACAGUUAUUAGUGAACUAAGGAGAGAAGGUCAACGGGUGGGGGAAAUAACAAUGAAUUGUUUUUUUCUAUGCAUUAAUAGAGUUAAACUACGCGCAAUUUUAGUUGAACGGCUGAUCUUAGACUAUCCAAGUGUAAAAUAUCCGCACAGUAAGCGUACAUCUAACUUAAGUUAACCCUCUUAUAUACAUCUUAAUCAGACACUCGAGUAAUAUUGACCGGCCAACUUAGAUGGCGCUUAGUAUAUUGAUAUAUAUUUCGAAUUUAAUCUUCGCAGCUAAUGUUUUAUAUACAUAUUAGUAUAUUAUAUUGUAAUAAUAACCGGCAAUGGGUCGGUUUCAUUUAAAUACAAUUUAUUAAUUAAAAAUUAUUAUGACAGGACUAAAAAUAUUUCUAUUUCUUCCGCGUGUAUGGGCUUAAAAAGGAUAGCAAUAUUUCUAUGUCAAUUAAUAAUUUUACACUCCUGUAAAUAUUGAAAUGAGAUAUAUAUAUAUAUUGUAUUCGAAUCGAAUUUUAUUGACAUUUUCAGUUCUCAUCAAAUUCUUAUAUUUAUAUUUGUUGUAUAAAAGAGAGAGAAUAUUUCAAAGUAUCAGAGCAUAGUUGUUAAAGAGAGAUAGAUAUAUAUUUCUUUGUAUGUGCAAUAUAUAUGCAAGUGAAAUAGAGUCUCGUUGUACCUUAGACGUUUUUUUUUUAAAUGUAAUGAUUUUGAUAUUAUAUUUGUAAAUAAGCUAGUAAUACUUUUAAGGUUUUUUAAAAUAUUAAAUAUUUGAUUUGGAUUAACGUGUAAGUGAAAAAGUUCAUUGUAAGGUUUAUUCAUAAAUAAGGGAUUUUCGAAAUAUUUAAUAUAGAGAAUUUAGUUUCGGAAAAACAUUUCAUUAGAUUCUUCACUUCAGUUAUAAUAAGAAGAACGUCUAUUUGUCUUUACAUUAUCAAUCAAUGUAUUUUUUAUAUAUUUUUUUGUAUUUAAAGUAAUAUUUUAUUUUUGUCUUAAAAUUACUCAUUUAAAAGAGAGUACUCACCAAGAGAUUUAUUACAUUACUGCAGGUAAGAAGCAAAUAUGUUCAGAUUAGUUUGAGCAUCUAGAUCGCUCUCCCUCUCCCUCUCUCUUUCUCUCUUUAUCUCUCCCUUUAGUUUAGUUACUAUAAUUAAAUAAAACUGUUCAUCUAGAUUUUGGAUAAAAAAAUCUCAGCCUAAUUAAAGUCGAGUUAUCAUUUUCAUAUUCCUAUCGUUCUGAUGCAAAUGUUUCCUUCUGAAUUACGCCUCGUAAGCAAUUCUACUGUCGGUAAACAAAACGAAUCGUACGUUGAAUAUAAUAGCCGGAUAUGAUUCAGUUAUUCCGGCAAAUGUUUGACAAGAGCUUCGCACUUCAAUUGUUUGUUUUGACAUUUUCAUUGAUGUAAUACUCAUCUCUGAUUGUAAAUUACGUUUGACGUAGUUUAUCUUGGUGAGUCUCCUUUUUUAAAUUAAAAAAAAUGUAUUAAAUGGAUCGUAGAAAAAUAUGUGUGAAUACCAAAAGUAUUUGAUUCUUUUUUCCUGUUAAUAAUAUCAAAAUAUUUAUUUUUUUGACAAUGUAAUUUAAUGAAAUUAUUUUUAAUUUUUUUUUUUUUAAAUACUACAUAAAUAAUAUAACAUUGUAAAUUAAUUAUAUCAAAUUGUAAAAUAUUUUAUUGUACAAAACGUAGAUAUAAGAUUG